AUGUGGACAAGUGUGCUCAAGUGUGUGUUGGCGACUGCACUGCUGAUGGUCGUUGUUGUCGACGGUGAUGAUAAGAAGACAGCUCGGCUGCAAAUUGGCGUGAAGAAGCGUGUGGACAACUGCCAGCUCAGAUCCAGGAAAGGAGAUUCCCUCAGUGUUCAUUACGUGGGCACACUUGAAGAUGGCACGGAGUUCGACAGCAGCCGAUCGCGCAACAAGGAGUUCACAUUCACCCUCGGCAUGGGACAGGUUAUCAAGGGCUGGGAGCAAGGUUUGCUGAAUAUGUGUGAAGGGGAACAACGCCGUCUCACGAUUCCGUCUGAUCUUGCAUAUGGCAAAUCGGGCUCGCCACCUAAAAUUCCACGUAAGUGCGUUAAACAUUCUUUUCACAUUCAGAACCUAUUAUAA